AUGUUUGCAGCCCUGCAACUUCAUACUCCGAGGGGCUCCCCCCCUCAGUAUAAAAGCGUCGACGAUCGCCCUGGCUCAGACACCUCCUGUAUUCAUCUGCCAAUCAUGCCUGCUCCCGCUGCUAAAUCUCCCACCACCUUGGUUCUCGCCGGUGGUACCCUCGUCACCGUUGGUCUCUUCUACGCCUUGCUUAAGCGGUACGGUGCUGGCACCGAGGCCUGGAAUUACUCCAACCAGGUGCAAGACGACCCCAAGGCGUCGAGAAAGUUGAACAACAUCCUUUUCGAAGGGGAGAAGCCCAAGCCCAACGCCAAGGUCGACCCCAAGGAUGCCUACGCCGUUACCAACAAGUAA